CUCCUUAAUGUCAUUGCGUCGACCAUUACAGUUGACUUGCUGCAUCCUUCUCGCCCUGGCCGGGCAACCUCCAGAUCCGCACUUGACGACCUUGCUCUCUGCAAAUGAGGAGGAAAAGGGAGGAUGCAGAUGUGGACUCAACGGUUAUGUCGCUCGAUGCAUUACAAGAACUUACUAAUAGUUUCUCCAAGGAGCUUGGUAGGGGUUCGUUUGGAGCGGUUUACGAGGGAGAGUAUCCUGAUGGGAGAAAAAUUGCUGUGAAGAUGCUCCAUGCGGCGUAUGGAAUUAGGGCUGAGAAAUUUCAGGACGAGCUUAAAAUUAUGACAAAACUCCGACACCGAAAUAUUGUACGGUUAGUUGGCUAUUGCCAUCAUACCCAGCAAGUACCAAUAAUGCAUGAGGGAAAAUUGGUUGUUGCUAAUAAGAUAAGUAUGGCGCUCUGCUUGGAGCAUAUGCCUAAUGGAAGCCUCCACGAGCUUAUUUCUGGCGGACGUGAUAAAUACGACUGGCAGACAUGCUAUGGAAUAAUUACUGGGAUUUGUCAGGGUUUGAAUUACCUCCACAAUGAAUUGAAACCUCCAAUUUUUCAUUUGGAUUUAAAGCCAGCUAAUGUGUUGCUGGAUGAUAAAAUGAUUCCCAGAAUUGCAGAUUUUGGGAUAUCAAGGAUCCUCGGAGAAGAUGAACAUACACGAGUUACCAAAAGUGUACUAGGAACACUUGGGUACUCACCACCGGAAUUCAUGGACCACAGAAUAAUAUCAAAUAAGUUCGACAUAUUCAGCUUAGGUGUUGUGAUCAUAAAGAUGAUGGCAGGACCAGAUGGUCACUCGGAAAGCACUGAAAUGUCUUCCGAUGAAUUCACUAAACUUGUGCAGGAAUACUGGACGAAUGAGAUACUUGAACCAGGGCAUCAAAGGAAGGCACAUUCUGAACAAGUAAAGGCAUGCAUUGAAUUUGGUUUAAGAUGUGUGAAGAAGGAUCGACGCGAAAGGCCAACUAUACUGGAUAUUGUUGGUAUACUGAAAGAAACAGAAGCUAACCAUACUGAUGCGGCAAGGAAAGAGUGGUCGUCGAUUUCCAAGACCAUGCAACUACAGGAUAGACCACAAGAAAAUGAUCUCUCUCAUACCGUAGGGGGCAAAAGGUCAGUAUCUCAUGCAAGUGAAAGCUCAAGUCCAAGAAAGGUUGCGAGAAAUAUCGAUUCAAAAAUGGUAUGAGGGCAUGGCCAGCACAUUUUAACUUGUGGGGCAUGUUGCUGGUGGAAUCAUAGGCGCUGCUUCAUCAUCUAGGAAAAAUGAGCCUCUAGUAUGAAUUGAAUAAGAUGAUCAGAUGAGCAAGAACUUGAUGUAAAGUUGUGUUAUCUUGCUACCGUACUUCUUGUAACCAUUUUUAGAUUCAUAGUUAUACUUCACUCCAUUUGCUGAGAUGUUAAAGUUGUUGAGAUUUUUAUUGUUAUUCUUAAC